CCCCUCAAACACUUGUGCUUUCGGGAGUCUAUUUACCAUGAAGGAUAUCUACAAGGAUGACGAACUCAUGAUCCCCGCUGGUGUCGAGGUCACUGUCAAGGCUCGCGAUGUCACCGUCAAGGGUCCCCGUGGUGUGUUGAACAAGAACCUCCGUCACUUGAACAUCGAGAUCAAGUUCGAGGGUAAGGACAAGCUCAAGUUUGUUGUCCACCACGGUCUCCGUAAGCACGUUGCCUGCAUUCGCACCGUCCGCUCUUUGAUCAACAACAUGAUCACCGGUGUCACCAAGGGUUUCGAAUACAAGAUGCGCUAUGUAUACGCACAUUUCCCCAUCAACUGCAUUAUCAACAAUGGCGGUAAGGAUGUCGAAAUCCGUAACUUCCUUGGCCAGAAGGUUGUUUUCCGUGUCCAGAUGCGUGAGGGUGUCCACAUCGAGGCUUCCAAGAACCAGAAGGAUGAGUUGACUCUUACCGGUAACGAUCUUGAGGCUGUUUCCCAGUCCGCUGCUGAUAUCCAGCAGUCUUGCUUGGUCAAGAACAAGGAUAUCCGUAAGUUCUUGGAUGGUAUCUACGUUUCCGAGCGCAACGUCCUUGAGGAGGCUUAAACGAAAAAAAAGACAUAUAUAUUAUUAUUAUUUUAAUCAUUUGUUGUUCUUGUUGUUGGUGUUGUUGGUGUUGUUAAUAUAAAUGUUACUGUUGUUAAAGAUA